AUGUUGACUGUCCAUAAAAUGCAUUUUAGCAUCUUCCUCCUGUUGUGGGGAUGGGUUUUAUCCACUGAAUGCAGAGCCCACAGACCAGGAAAAGAAAUACAUGAGGUAUACAAAAAAGGCAGCCGGCCGCAGCGGCAGCGACGGGAGGCUCACGGCGAGGGACACAAACAAGGCAGCCUAAUCCUAAAACGAAGCCCUGACAUCACCAAAUCUCCCCUGACAAAGUCAGAGCAGCUGCUGCGAAUAGAUGACCAUGACUUCAGCAUGAGACCAGGGUUUGGAGGCCCUGCAAUUCCUGUUGGGGUGGAUGUCCAAGUUGAAAGUCUGGACAGCAUUUCUGAGGUGGACAUGGACUUCACCAUGACGCUUUACCUAAGGCACUACUGGAAAGAUGAGAGACUGUCCUUCCCCAGCACCAACAACCAAAGCAUGACCUUUGAUGGCAGGCUGGUGAAGAAGAUCUGGGUCCCUGACAUGUUCUUUGUCCACUCCAAGCGUUCUUUCAUCCACGACACCACCACAGACAAUGUUAUGCUGCGGGUCCAGCCAGAUGGGAAGGUACUUUACAGCCUCAGAGUUACGGUAACGGCAAUGUGCAACAUGGAUUUUAGUCGCUUCCCCCUGGACACACAGACAUGUUCCCUGGAGAUUGAAAGCUACGCCUACACUGAAGAUGACCUUAUGCUCUACUGGAAGAACGGGAACGAUUCCCUAAAAACAGAUGAGAGGAUAUCACUCUCCCAGUUCCUGAUCCAGGAGUUUCACACCACCACAAAGCUUGCCUUUUACAGCAGCACAGGGUGGUACAAUCGCCUCUAUAUAAACUUCACUUUACGCCGACACAUCUUCUUCUUCUUGCUCCAAACCUACUUCCCCGCCACCCUCAUGGUCAUGUUGUCCUGGGUGUCCUUCUGGAUCGAUCGACGAGCAGUUCCUGCCAGAGUUCCUCUAGGGAUAACCACUGUGCUGACCAUGUCCACAAUCAUCACUGGGGUGAAUGCCUCCAUGCCUCGUGUUUCCUACAUCAAAGCAGUGGACAUUUACCUGUGGGUCAGUUUUGUGUUUGUCUUCCUCUCGGUGCUGGAAUAUGCGGCUGUGAAUUAUCUGACUACGGUGCAAGAGCGGAAAGAGAGGAAACUGCGGGACAAGCUUCCCUGUGCGUGCAGCCUACCUCAGCCCCGGCCCAUGAUGAUGGACGGCAGUUACAACGACGGGGAUGUGAACGAACUGGGGCACUACAUGUCUGAGAACGGGGACAAACAAGACCGAAUGAUGGUGCAGCUGGCGCUGGGGUCUGAGAGGGGCUCGGGCAGGAGGAAGAACCAGAGAUACGUCAGCAUGCGGAUCGACACUCAUGCCAUUGACAAGUACUCCAGGAUAAUAUUCCCUGGUGCAUACAUCCUAUUUAACUUGAUAUACUGGUCCAUUUUUUCAUAAACAAACCUAACUCCUGUAGUCACAAAGCGUUGUGACAUUCAAUGAAAGUACAGUCUCACAGGCUAACAGAGAAAAUGGAGAAUUGUUUUAAGUGGAAGGAAGAUUGAUUUUUUUCAGCAUUUUUUUAUUAGAUAAUUUUUUUAUUAGAUAAAACUCACU